UGGACUUUGUAAAGUCAUCCUCUCUUCUCCUCAGGAGCUUCUCAGACUUCUGCCCAAAGAUGAGGGCUCAGGAAGACUCAGAGAACCAGACACAGGAUUCCCAGGGCUCUGCAGGGGCUUCUGCUGGGAGCCCGAAGACACCCCUGCCCCCGGAGCCCAAAUAUGACAUGCUGUACAAGAUUGAAGACGUGCCUCCGUGGUACCUGUGCAUCCUGCUGGGCUUCCAGCAUUACCUGACCUGCUUCAGCGGCACCAUCGCUGUGCCCUUCCUCCUGGCUGAAGCGCUGUGCGUGGGCCGAGACCAGUACAUGGUCAGCCAACUCAUUGGCACCAUCUUCACAUGUGUGGGUGUCACUACUCUCAUCCAGACCACACUGGGCAUUCGGCUGCCCCUGUUCCAGGCCAGUGCCUUCGCAUUUCUGGUUCCAGCCAAAGCCAUCCUGGCCCUAGAGAAGUGGAAAUGCCCACCAGAAGAGGAGAUCUACGGUAACUGGAGUCUGCCUCUGAACACCUCUCAUAUCUGGCAACCACGGAUGAGAGAGAUCCAGGGCGCAAUCAUGGUGUCCAGCAUAGUGGAGGUGGUGAUCGGGCUGAUGGGGCUGCCUGGGGCUCUCCUCAGCUACAUUGGGCCUCUCACGGUCACCCCCACUGUCUCCCUCAUUGGCCUCUCUGUCUUCCAAGCUGCUGGCGACCGAGCUGGCUCCCACUGGGGCAUCUCAGCUUGCUCCAUUCUCCUGAUCGUCCUCUUCUCUCAGUACCUGCGCAAUGUUGCCUUCCCGCUGCCUGGCUACCGCUGGGGCAAGGGCCUCACUCUUUUCCGCAUCCAGAUCUUCAAGAUGUUUCCUAUUGUGCUGGCCAUUAUGACUGUGUGGCUACUCUGCUAUGUGCUGACACUGACAGAUGUGCUGCCCAUGGAUCCAACAGCUUAUGGCUUCCAGGCUCGAACUGAUGCCCGUGGGGACAUCAUGACUAUUUCACCCUGGAUCCGCAUUCCCUAUCCUUGUCAGUGGGGCUUGCCCACAGUGACCGUGGCUGCUGUCCUGGGAAUGUUCAGUGCCACACUGGCAGGUAUCAUUGAGUCCAUUGGAGAUUACUACGCCUGCGCUCGUCUGGCUGGUGCACCGUCCCCUCCAGUCCAUGCUAUCAACAGGGGCAUCUUCAUCGAGGGCGUCUGCUGCAUUAUCGCGGGACUGUUGGGCACGGGCAAUGGGUCUACCUCGUCGAGUCCCAAUAUCGGCGUCCUAGGGAUUACCAAGGUGGGCAGCCGCCGCGUGGUGCAGUAUGGUGCGGGUAUCAUGCUGGUCCUGGGCGCCAUUGGUAAAUUCACCGCCCUGUUUGCCUCGCUCCCCGACCCCAUUCUGGGGGGCAUGUUCUGCACUCUCUUCGGGAUGAUCACGGCUGUGGGGCUGUCUAACCUGCAGUUUGUGGACAUGAACUCCUCCCGCAACCUUUUCGUGCUGGGUUUUUCCAUGUUCUUUGGGCUUAUGUUGCCUAAUUACCUGGAUUCCAACCCCGGUGCCAUCAACACAGGGAUUCCUGAAGUGGACCAGAUUCUGACUGUGUUGCUGACUACGGAGAUGUUUGUGGGCGGAUGCCUUGCUUUCAUAUUGGACAACACAGUGCCAGGGAGUCCUGAGGAACGAGGCCUGAUACAAUGGAAAGCUGGAGCCCAUGCCAACAGUGAGACGUCUGCCAGCCUAAAGAGUUAUGACUUCCCCAUUGGGAUGGACACAGUCAAAAAGAUUGCCUUUCUGAAAUACAUCCCCAUCUGCCCAGUCUUCAAAGGAUUCUCUCUGAAGUUAAAAAACCAGCCACCAGUUCUAGAAGACACUCCUGAAAAUAGAGAAGCUGCGUCUGUGUGCACCAAGGUCUGAAAAGUUCCAAGAAAGGUAGGAUGUGCUGCUGACUUUUGUGGGAUGGCUGAAUAAUCAGAACAUUGUCUCAACAAGAAAAAACCCAAACUACUGCUUUUUUUUUUGGCGGAACCAGGGACUGAACUCAGGCCCUUGUGCUUGCCAGGGAAGCGCUUAUUCCACUGAGCCAACUCCCUGGCCCCACUGCUUCAUUUUUGUGACCUCUUUGGGUGUCCUUAAGGGGAAGAUGGACUGGGUAAAGUCAAAAUAUGAAUUCUAAGUGGAAUUCCUUAGUCAUUUUAUAAUUAGGAACUUUCCCAACUUGCAUUGACCACUAAAUUGUUACACUUCUGAGAUACUGGUUUUCCCAAACACCUGGAUACAAUCUAGGCAACUACAGUCCACCAGCUAGUCAUGGACAUUCCAGCAGCUGAACAAAUACCUGACAUUUGACAUGGAAAAAUCCAACAAAUCCUGACAUAGCAAAAUGGAAAAAUCCUCUCCUACAUGCUUAUUUCAAUUCAGGGCAUAAAAUUAAGUUCUCUAAAGUAGAAUGAUUUUGGCAACCACAAAACUAUGCCAGUACAAACCUAGCUAGAGAUGAACUUCCUUGUAGGGCUUCAGAUGUGUGGUGACAGUGAACUCUUACAUAUCCACCAGGAAUACAGGAUGCAGAGUACUCUAAACACUUAAGGGUUUCAAUGUGCAUGUUCUUCUAGGUGGACCAAAAGUUCUAAGAAAUAUUUUAAGCACUGGAGAUUGAACCAAGAGAUUGUGGAACAACACCUCCAGCUUUCUGAAUU